AUGGGCCUGCUUCUGCUCCUGACGAUCGCAAGCGCGCGCCGCGCCGCGUGCCUGGGCCCGGUAAUUGUUGGAGCGACUUUGUUUCGCACACUGAUGGAGGCGUCGAAGGCUCGUCGCCGGAUGGGAAGCAGCUAUGGCGGUGUGAGCGGCAUCGGGGGAUACGAGGGGCUCGGGUGCGUCGCCUCGCCGCCUCUAGCUGGGGAAGACCUACAAGUAGGGGGGGACAAUGAAAAUCGGCCGAUUGCAGAUCGUUUUGCGAUGUCAGCGGCUUCAUCGACGGUGUCACAAAAAACACUCGUGCCCCCCCUGAGUUCUAAAUUUGAUUUCCACACGGUUCCCGACCAUCAUCCGCGCCGUCCAGUGUUUGCGCUUGAGGACGAGGUGGAAGCCGAUCGCAUCCCUGAUGUCCAGCUCGAACUCCACCUUCUCCGUCGGAGACGUUGCCCCUGGUUGAGCGAGGCGACCAAGCCGAUGGCCAAUCUCUGCAAGGACGUCCCCCAGUUCAAUUGCCCCGGGGAAUCGGUCUGCAACGCGUGCCGUGCGGGCGUGAAACUCGUCGACGGACGGCACGACGUCGAUCACAAAAUGGCGCUCGUCGCGGACCAGCUCUGGAGCCGGGGCGCCAAGGGCUCCAAGGUGGCUUGCCGCCAAGUCUGCGGCUACAACGGCGCUGAGAACCACGACGGAGACGACCCCGCCGCCGAACGGCCGAACUACGAACUCGGACACGCUCAAGCUCAAGGCCGACAGCUCGUUCUUCGCGGACUGGGAGGCGGACACGGGCACGUGCCGUUCGAGAAGUCGCGCUUCUACUCCGCCUUCCAGGCGGAGUACCCGGGCCGCGUCGGCCUCGACAUUUUUCCUUUCAUUCCGCCACUCGCGUGCGUCGACGACCCCGCCCACAUGGGCCUGUCCUUGUGCGCCAAGGGCGCACGCGACACGGUCGCGCGGCGCAUCGAGUACGCGCUGGCCGACAUCUCGGACUACCACGAGCGCGUGCGCAAUGCGGAGGCGGGCGCCGCGGGGCUCAUGGGCGAGCUCAUCGAGAACUACAUGAAGCCGCUGAAGGUGUCGCUCGACCCCGCGGCGCUGGUCUUUGGCGACCGGCUGACGUACGCCGCCAGCGUCGGCGAGGUGACGCUCGGAGACGCGGCGCGGCACUGCUCCGCGUACAAAGUGUCAGGCGCGCAGCUUACGGCCAUCAUCGGCAAGCGCCUGAAGCUCAUCGGGCGGGAGGUCAGAAUCCUCUUCACUCACCACAUCCUCGUCGAGGAGGCCAUGGCAAAGCCCGAGGACAUGAUGACGAGCUCGAUUUGA